AUGGCUGUCCCUCGUCGCCCCGUCGUGUCGCUUCAACAACAACAGCAGCAGCAUCGACAUAUCAUCAGCAGCAUCACCAGCAUCAACAGCAGCAUCAGCAGCAUCGACAUUAUCAUUACCAGCAGCAUUACCAUCGGUAGAACCAGCAGCGGCAUUAGCCGCAGCAGCAUCUUCAGGAGCAGCAGCAGCAGCAGCAAGCAUCACCCGCAUCAGCAUCAUCAUCAUCAGCAUCUUCAUCAUCAGCAGAAUCAGAGACCCACAAACUCGCAUGCCCAUCACUCCACCCCCAUCACCCCCCCCAUCACUCCACCC